UUCGGGAGCCUCCGGAAAGGGGCGGAGUCUCCUUCUUCGGGAGCUUUCGGAAAGGGGCGGGGCCCGGCUUGCAUCUGGACCAGUCCCGCUGCACCUGUAUCCUCGGCUGAGAGCAUCCUCAGAGCAUCUUGAGGGAGGCGGCGGCGGCGGCGGCGGCGGGUGGCGGCCAUCGCAGUCGGGAGGGAGGGACCGUCCCCCCGGCCCGGACAACCACCUCCCGCGGGGGCGGCGGCCGCCUCGGGCACGAAGGCAGCCGAGGGGAGACGCGGGGAUCCCCGCGAUCCCAAGGCCGGGGCUGACGCCAUGGCCGAGAUCACCAACCUCCGCCCCCCUUACGACGUGUCUCCGGUGGUGGCCGGCCUGGUGGGAGCCACCGUGCUGGUGGUGUCGGUGUCGGUGUCGGUGUUCGUCUGGACGUGCUGCCGUCGGCGGGCGCAGAAGAAGCACCAGGCUCCCCCCUACAAGUUCAUCCACAUGCUCAAGGGGGUCAGCAUCUACCCGGAGCCCCUGGGCCGCGGGGCCGGCCAGAGGAAGGGCGAGCGGGCGGGCCGGGGGACGGGCCCGGGCCGGGGGGCGGCCCCGGAGCCCCCCGCGCCGGACUACGGGCCCGGGCCCGGGAGCCCCGAGUCCGGGACCCCCGAGUCCAGGGGGUCCGAGCCGGGGUCCGAGCCGGGGCCGGAGCCGAGCCCGGGCAGCCAGACGCCGUCGCCCCCGGCCUCGCCCCCGGCCCCGCUGGGCACCCUGAGCGUGGCCGUGGACUACAACUUCCUCAAGAAGGCCCUGGUGGUGACCAUCCAGGAGGCCCGGGGACUGCCGGCCACGGACCCGCAGACUCAGACGGCCGACCCCUACGUGAAGAUGACCGUGCUGCCGGACCGGCGGCACCGGGUCAAGACGCGCGUGCUCCGCCGCACCCGCAACCCGGUGUUCGACGAGACCUUCACCUUCUACGGGCUGCCGGCCAGCCAGCUGCAGGACCUGGCCCUCCACUUCCUCGUGCUCAGCUUCGACCGCUUCUCCCGCGACGACGUCAUCGGGGAGGUCGUCCUCCCGCUCGCCGGCCUCGACCCCGCCACCGCCAAGGUCCAGCUCACCCGGGACAUCAGCCAGAGGAGCUUUCAGAAGUGCGUCGGCCGAGGGGAGCUCCAGGUGUCUCUGUCCUACCAGCCGGCGGCCCAGAGGAUGACCGUCGUGGUCCUCAAGGCCCGACACCUGCCCAAGAUGGACAUCACCGGCCUCUCAGACCCCUACGUCAAGGUGAACGUGUACUACGACAGGAAGCGGGUGGCCAAGAAAAAGACGCACGUGAAGAAGUGCACCCUCAACCCCGUCUUCAACGAGUCGUUCGUCUACGACGUCCCGGCGGAGCUCCUGGCCGACGUCAGCAUCGAGUUCCUCGUCCUCGACUUCGACCGCGCCACCAAGAACCAGGCGGUGGGCCGCGCCAUCCUCGGGGCCCACAGCGUCACCGCCGCCGGCGCCGACCACUGGCACCGCGUCUGCUCCUGCCCGCGGGAGCCUGUGGCCAUGUGGCACAGCCUCAGCGAGUACUGAAGCCGCCGCCCCUCCCUCCCCCGGGGGGCCGAGGGGAGGAACCGGGUGGGGGGCCGGGGCUGGGGGGGCAGGGCUGGGGGGCUAAGCCCCUACCUCCCCCGGACCUACGACCUCGCCCCACCCCGGGGGCGGCCGAGGCCCCCUCUCCUCCCCGCCCCCUCCCCCAAGGGCUGCCUCCCAGGUCGGGGGCGCUGGGUCCCCCGACCCCCCUCGUCCUUGGG